AUGCGCGUCUACCCUGUCUUUUACAAGAAACUCCUAGAACCAGCACCUCUAGAUGCCGAGCUAGCAACGGACAUAGAGCUCGAAGACGACGAAUACGAGGUCAAAGAAAUUAGGGACCUGCAGAAAGAACUAAAAGAAAAUUUAACAAACUGCAAGUUACAGCACAGCGACCUGUCGCGGUAUCUACAAAACAGCGAAGGUUCUUCUCUUCGCAGCGCUUACAACGGAAAGCUAUCUCUAGACCCUGCUCUUUUACACGGUCAGCACGAGCGCGACGCUCAAGAGUCGAACUCUAGGGGCGAGAACGGCGGGAAGACGGAACCUUGGGCAUGGUCAGGAGAAGUGAGGAAAGGAAAGAAGAGAGGCUACGACACCACAGGAACACCUAAACCUCCACCGCCGCCGCUGGACUAG